AUGCUAGAGAAGGAAAGCCUAUUGAAUCUUGUGAACAUUUCACGCCACCAUAUUCUGAGUCAAGCGGUUGAAGUUGUCGAGCUCUGCGUUGAUCAUCUCAUCCAACCCAAAGACUACAUGAGCCACGAAGAACUAGAGAUUUGUGGACUCAAAGACGAGUAUGAUUUCUUCCGAGUUCGGAAUGGCGAAGUUGUCUUACUGGGCGACGAUAGUUGGGAGCAAAUAAUCCAAACCUAUAAGGAUGGAUGGCAGGAGCAAACGGAAUUCUUCUCCCAAAGGCAACAUAUGAGUUAUUUAGCGAUAGCUCUCACUAACCUCAAAAACUGCAAAGCUAUUGGGAUAUCGGAUCAUACCCGACCAUGGGGCGCCUUUAAGCUUGGGCGACGUAUUAGCGUACUUCCAAAUAGGUUUAUUUCUGAUUUCUUACCUAAUAGCAUGGUUCAUGCCUUAGUAGUAAUCAGAACACUGUUUUUCGCACUUAUUAAGAGCCGCCUUCCCAUAGAGGAGAUAUAUAUCGAGUUUGGAGAUAUGAUGGAAGGUUGUACGUCUGUUAUUCCACGGAUGCUAUCGCUCCCAAGCAGUCUCGCAAAAGCCGUAAAAUCCGAAAUCACGACCAUCACAAAGCUUAGUCUUGUUAUCAAUCCUAAGGAUAGCGAUAAUCAUUUCAGCCAAGAAAUUAGAAAAUUCUUUGCAGAGAAUGACCCAGUACAGGAAGAAAAAUAUGAUUGGCAAUCAGACUUUCAUAGCUUCUCUAGCCUUUUUCCAGCGCUCACCGAUAUUACUUUAUUCUUCAACUAUUGCGAAGAGAAGCAACAAUUUCCAGGACUUUCAGAAAGCCUCUAUAUUCCUCUUCUUCAAAGGUUAUGCCUUGAGUAUCUAGACUGCACGAGAGACGAACUCCUGACGCUCUUACGGCGACAUCAAAAUACACUUCGAAGACUUACUCUCGAAAAUGUUAAAAUUACUACCUAA